GAGGGAGCAGUUAAAUCACGGAAAAGAUAUGUGUUGCUGGUUAAUCCAGCACAAGACCGAAGAGGAGGAUCUCUGGGAAAGAAGGAGAGCAGUUGCUGAGACCGUUUCUUGCCUUUUGUUCCCUGUUCUAACGAUAUGGAGUCAGCCAUUCAGACAGUGGUGACCACAUUUCUCAGUUCUGCCAGGGGGAAGGAGAACCUAGAUGGGAAAGCCUUCCAGAAGCUGGUAAAGCAACAGCUUGGUGGCAUCAUGGAGGAUACAAACAGCUCCUCUGCCAUUAAGGAGAUGCAGCGGGGGCUGGAUGAGAACAGCGAUGGAAAGGUCAGCUUCCAGGAAUACCUCACUCUGAUUGGCUACGUGGCCAACUCCAUCAGUCAGCGCACAUGUGGAUCCAAUGCAGAUGCAUCGUAGAUGUUUGUAAAGCUGCAGUGUUCGGUGGUUCAGCAAAUUAACAGUCUUUUCCUUUUUUUUUUGCACCUUUUUAAGUAUCUUUUCUCAUUUCCAAAUGUUCCAACGAUCAUGUAUACAUUUUUUCAUGACAGUCCAUAAUUGCUUUCAUUCACCUAAUCCAACAGUUGUGUAAUGCUCUGAACCACACUUUAAUGUCUGUCCAGAUCAACCUUUUUUUUCAGUCACAUCAUUCUGAUGUCCACUGUCAAGGACACAUUGAAGGACUCUUAGCUGGACCUGUCUUUUUUUAUACCAAUUAUACAAAGGAUACUUACUAUAUUUUCAAAAAUAAAAGCUUUAUAUUAACA